AUGCAACGUCUGGAGAACAACCCACAUCCGGCACCAGUCACAGACGUCCCUUUAUGGAGCGCCAUCACAGCAUGGGGAGUCAGUGUGGGAAACUGGGAGCAACCUGCUACUCACACUAACUACAAGACUGUGGGAAACUCCAGCCACACCAAGACCCACACAUUCAUAUGGAGAUGUGGGAGUAUAAAUAAGAGUGCUGAAACCGAUGAACAUCAGAUUCUCGCUCCACAGCAGAGAUCCACUGCAGCAACGACUGCCUGUCAGGAACAUCUCACUCCGGCUCACAAGCUCAGAAAGCCUCUGGUGGAGAAGCUUCGCAGAGAGAGAAUCAACAGCAGCAUCGAGCAGCUCAAGUCUCUGCUGGGUCCAGAGAUCCUCAAACAGCAGCCAGACUCCAAGAUAGAGAAAGCAGACAUCCUGGAGAUGACGGUCUGCUUCCUGAGACGACUGCACCAGCAGCAUCACGCUGUGGACUCAGCAGCUGUUGGUCAGGGCUACUCCAGAUGUGUCCAAGAGGUGGGGAACUUCCUGUCCAAGGAGGAGGUGAAGACUCAGUCCCAGAGAGGACUGCUGAGACACUUCAACCAGCUGAAAACUUCCUCUGAGAAGAACCUGAGAGACGCUGACUUCUCUCCUCUGAGCUCCUCAGUCCAGAGCAGCAACAGUAAAGACAAGAGUCCAGUCAACAGCGCCCCCUGGAGGCCGUGGUAGACUCCUGCAGACUGGAGUUAAUACCAGACAACCUGAGUAGAUUGUGCUGAUCAAUGAUUAACGGACUGAAUUAUCUCAAUAACUUCUUCUUAUUACACCAUAAUGUUCCAUGAAGAAUUGAGAGUGAUAUCUUCGUUUAAGGAGGAAAAUGUUUUGUCUUGCAAAUUCAUUUUUGAUUGCUCAGCAAUUUUCAUUUCCUAUUGUAUUUUGUCGUAACGAUAUGACAUAGCAUUUAUCACAUUUGAAGGAAUACUGAUCAAAAUUUGAUCAAAAUUGUAAAAUGCCCUUUUUAUGGACACAUUUUCAUUACUACAUUUACUUGAUUUAAUCUCUUUGAUAAGGCAAAACUGAUCUGUUUAAAGAUCCAGAUGUUUAUCCUUUCAUUCUAAAAGGUGCUGACAUGUCAAUACAUACAUUGAUCAUUUUGAUCAAAUGUUUUAAAUAAUCAGCUUCAUGAUUAAUAUUUAAACCCACAAUGUCAGUUUCAUUCUGACAAAGGUUGUCUUUACAAAUUCCAAUGAAUUUAGUCACGUAUAUGAAAUGUUUUGAUCUGUUUUAAGGUCAGAGUUCAUGCUUUUUUUUUUAUUCUGUUCAUCGCAUGUAAAAAAAAGUGUUCCAAGUUGGACCAACGUUAAGUACUGUGAGUUGUCUGUCUUUUGUAAAGACGUUGUUCCUUUACUCUCUUGGAGUACAGUGUCUUGUGGAAAUCUACAAGUUGUUGUUGUGAUGAAUCAUCACGUCGAGUUGGAGUUUUAACACUCUUUGACUUAUUUCAGUAAAUGAACAGAGACAGAUGAAACUUUCCUUUUUCUUGUGUCAUUUAUUAUCGCUACUUUAUGUUACAGCAAAAUGUUUCAUGAUGAUGAAAUAU